AUAGGUCAGUUACUGAUAGGUCAGUAACCCAUUUGCUGUACAAUAAAACAAUAUAAUUUGUGCAAAAUGUAGUUAUGGGUUUUUGUAGUUGGUAUCUGUCUUCCUAGAUAUUAAAUUGAUCAGAAAUGUGCUUGUGUUUAUUACUAACUGGCUGGCCUCUGAACAAUUGUCCAGAAUUCCUCUGCUCAACACACACACAAGAUUAGCGUUAUUCCAUGCCGACAGAGGGCAUCCAAAUUCCUUGUGUCCAGUCUUGAUUCAAACAGAUGUUUAUUUGUAGCCUUGGUAGCUAAACUAACAAGAUCAAGUCAUUAAAUCGAGGUCCAUAAUGUUGAUGAAUUCGAGAGACUGUUGACUGAAAAUAAGAAAGAGCGGGACAAGGAGAAUCGGCACCGUCGGCGCACACUGUCCCGCAGUCGCAGCCGAGAGAGGAAGAAGAGGAGCUGGGAAAGGAGGAAGAGUAGGGCAAGCCGCAGCGACAGCAAGGACCAUCAACACAGGCGCAGGUGGAUACCGCUGUUCAAGUAUUUGAAAUGAGAUCCAUUCCCAUUUUGUGCGAAUAGUUGUCAGCUUUGUGGACCAUUGGCUUGUUUCAAAUUUUUCUUUCCCCACCUUUAUGCAACAGUAAACGGAAUACCCAUGUUUUAACUGUCAUUUCAGCACACAGACUCAAAAACAAUCCCAAGAGACUGUCGUGAGCUACAGCAAUACAGCGGACAGUGACUUGCAUGACACCUUCAAAGUAUAACUGCUAAUAAUGAGUCAGCUGUCCAUAUGUUGGUUAAGUACUGUACUUGGUGGUUGUGAGUACUAACGUUAGAAUUGCUUCUUAAUACAAUUUCAAGGUAAGGGGUGAAGACUUGGAUCUGUAGCUGUCUUAGAGGCUUGCUUUGAAGUCCGUGCUUAUAUUUUGGUCGAUAUCUGAUGUCUAAUUCAUAUAAAAAUGUGACCAUGUAGAUUCCAGGAAGAUAGAGUUCUGAAAGGAAUGUGUUAUAACUAUCCAUCCAAAAUGUAUACAUUUUUAAUAUCCCUUUGAUUCCCAUACUUUUGUGCUAUUCGUUGUCCUCUCUCCACACAGUCUCUGCAUUGCAAGGCUAUAUGUCCAUCUCUCCUGUCCUGUCCCCUACUGUUUCUCUCCUGCAGUCGCUCUCCAGCUCUGCACAGAGAGAAGAAGAAAGUGAGGAAGUACUGGGAUGUUCCGGCACCAGGCUUCGAGCAUAUCACCCCCCCUGCAGUACAACGCUUUGCAGGGCCAUUGCAGGGUUGAAUGGGAUGCAGCUGGGGGACAAGAAGCUCCUGGUCCAGAGAGCCAGUGUUGGGGCCAAGAACAUAGCGCUGACAGGUAAGAACCAGACCCUGGUGACCCUCCAAGUGCCAGGCCUGAUGCCCACCUCCAUGGCCUUGCUGGGUGGCCUGCCCACUGAGGUGCUCUGCCUGAUGAACAUGGUGGUUUUGGAGGAGCUGCUGGAUGACGAGGAGUACGAGGAGAUCGCGGAGGACGUCCGCGGUGAGUGCAGCAAGUACGGCCAGGUGAAGAGCAUCGAGAUCCCCCGACCUGUGGAUGGACUUGAGGUCCCAGGCACUGGGAAGAUCUUUGUGGAGUUCAUGACCCUGUUUGACUCCCAGAAGGCCAUGCAGGCGCUGACAGGCAGGAAGUUUGCCAACAGGAUGGUGGUGACCAAGUACUGUGACCCAGACGCCUACCACCGCCGAGACUUCUGGUAGACCUGAGAACCAGAGAGAGGGAGAGAAGCAGAGUUUCAUGUUAUUUAUGUAACGAUAUGAAUAUUUAUGAGCAUCACAACACUCAACUUUUUGCACUUUUUUAAAGAGGAGGCGUAGAAAGUUCAUUUAAGGCCACUUAUCACUGAAAUCAGCAGAAUUGGUUGAAGUAUUACUUUUGUCCUCGUCGCUUAUGAUUUCAUUCAAUGAAUCAAGUUCAAUCAUGAUUUUAACCAUUUAUUUUGUCCAUGCCUGAGCCUCAGGUACCAGUUGUUUAUUGUUACACCAAAUGACCAACAGUAUGUGAACACCUGCUCAUCGAACAUCUCAUUCCAAAAUCAUGGGCAUUAAUAUGGAGUUGUUCCCCCCUUUGCUGCAAUAACAACCACCACUGUUCUGGGAAGGCUUUCCACUAUUUGUUGGAACAUUGCUGCGGGGACUUGUCCAAGAGCAUUAGUGAGGUCAAGGCACUGAUGUUGGGCGAUUAGGCCUGGCUCGCACUUGGCGUUUCAAUUAAUCUCAAAGGUGUUCAAUGAGGUUGAUGUCAGGGCUCUGUGUAAGCCAGUCAAGUUGUUCCACACCGAUCUCGACAAACCAUUUCUGUAUGGACCUUGCUUUGUGCAUAGAGGCAUUGUCAUGCUGAAACAGAAAAAGGCCUUCUCAA